AUGUUCGCCUGCACAAUUCCUGAGACCUCGCCAUUCAUUUUCACUCAGAAUUGUCCAUACAAGAGAAGGAGAACAGUUUAUCAAUACGCCAAAACUAAUGUUAGAUACCAGGUCGCUAAUUUGCCAAAUGAGAUAUUAGUGGAGCUCAAGAAAUCAGUACCCAAGGCAACGAUUGAGAAGCAUGUGCUCUCUAAUGUUAGAAGUUACCAGGAUACUAUUCCAAGAUACAGAGUUGUUUCUGACUGGUUUGGAAACCAAUAUUACGUUGAGAACAAGGUGGACCAAGAAACCAUUUUCAAUGACGUUUUAAGAUCAAUUGACUGGAAUCAGCUAGGUAAGAGCAUUAGCAGGAAAUUAUUCUCAGAUUAUAAGAUUGAAUUAAAGCAUGACGGAAAGGAACUAAAGGUUUCAAGUAAGAAGGACGAAAUCGACCAGAUUUUUGAAUUGGAUGAGGAAGUCGACGACGUUGAGGUUACUAAGAUCUGUUUGACUGAGGAUAUGAAUGAUGCAGUUCUAGGGCUACGUCUAAUCAAGAAAGUCACUGUCGAAGAACCAAUAAGAAGCGUGGACUGUCAUUCGGAUGAAGAUCAACCAACCUCGUACGACAUACUAAUGACGGAAGACUGCGACUCAAGGGAAGAGCCAGAGGAAGAGUCAAAGGAAGAACCAAAGGAAGAACCAAAGGAAGAACAAGUGGAAGAACCAAAGAAGGAGCACAAGAAGCGUCAUCGUCAUCGUCACCAUCGUCACCAUCAUCACCAUCACCGUUCCGAGAGUCUUUCAAACGACGAAUCAUUAAAACAAGAUCAAGCAGUAUCGUCUCCAAAUAAAGAAUCAUUACUCGCAUCCGAGCCAAAAGGCACGAACGGCACGUACAAAAUUGAUAUUGACUUCAAAGAUCUGCAAAACGCUUCAAGAGAGUCAGAUUCAGGUUCUGAGGAGUUUGUCGAGAAAGAGUCUCAGAUUGCAGAUGAUAAUAAUAAGCCACAAAUUUCAAGAAGAGGUUCUUCAUCUAGCUCUGGUUCGGUAGUGUUGGAAGAGGUCGAGGAUGAAGAACACAAAAGAUGGCAGAGGUCUUUAUCUGCGUCACCAUCCGGCCAUUCCGUCCUAGAAGAUGUAUAA